GAACCGAAGGAGGAGGAGGAGCUGGAAAGACCAAAGGAGGAGAAGGUCAGCAGCAACAAGGAGUAGAUAUAGUGCUAACUCAACAGCAACAAGGAGGAGUACUGACAGUACUAAACCAGCAACAACCACUAGUAGUUAAUCAACAAACCCAGGAUCAACAAAGACAGCAGGUACAAGAAAGGCAGGAAGAGGAAGGAGAGGAACAAGAAGGGAGGUUGCAGUCAUAGCAACAACCAGAACCACUGGAACAGCAACAAGAACAAAGAGAUUGUCAAGAUGGGCAAGAGGAACAGAAAACUGUUGCUGCUGUGCCUUGUACUGAGUCUAAUAGUAUAGUUUACACUAAUGUACAGAGGAGUAUGGGUUAUGCUGGACUGAUGUGCUAUGAGGAGAAAGGUUUAGAAGAUUUAGUGACCUUUACUGCAGCAAAAGAUUUGGAUGCACUCAAGCAGGCAACAAAAUAAUUAUGACUAUUAUAAAAAUUUAAUGUAUUGAUUAUUAUUUUGAUAGUUUAUUAAACGGAACCACUCCAAAGCUGAAAUUGGACCAAAUAUUUACUUUCAUUUCAAGUUUCCUUUUGAUUACAUUGAAUUAAAUCUUGCUGCACAACAGAAGACACCAGUCACUGGAUGGAUGGUUAGUCCUCAUACUGAACCUAGUAGAUUAUAUCGAGAAGCCAUAAAUAAAUUUGGUGAUAAGGAAAAUAGUGAUCCUUCAUCUUGUCUUAUAUCAGUUUAUGGAUCACCUGAUGCUGUACCUUUUCUUAAUUAUUACAUACCACUAGUAGGUAUAGUUGAACCUUAUAAAUAUUAAUCAUUCAUAAAGCACGGAGAAAUUUAACUCAUUCAACAAAUCCUAGUAGAUCUACCUCCUCUUCCUCUAAUAUAGGUGUUGGAGAAACUAGUGACAGUAUUGACAUUAAGAGAGUUACAAAAGUUAUUGAUGAUGUUCUUAGAUCUUAUCAUGCUUCUCUUACUCCUCUUAAGACGUCUCUUUCAGAUCUUGCCAGUCAGUUAUAUUCAGCUGGUCUCAUUGCUAAUGAAGUAAAAGAAACUUGCUCAAUGGAAUUGUUCAUCACUGAAUUCAAGAAAGGCCUAAAAUUUAAAAGAAAGCUAACUAAUGUGGAGGAGCACUGUCAAAAGUUUUUAAGCUCAUUCAUUGCUGUAAGAGGUAGUUAUGCUGCUGCAGCAAUAGAUUUAGUGUUAUAAUUAUAUAAUGCCUGUUUUGAGGCGGGGCAUAAUGAAUUGAUCACCGCACCAUGACUGAUGCCAAGGCCAAGAGCAAUUUUUCUUACGAAGUUUCGUCUCAGGAAACACGCUAUCUGGAUGAAAAUCCGCAACAGAGGCAAAGGGAGAGGUUUGUCUCGGGAAAAGUAAAGCUUGCCCGCGAGCUCGCCGGGAAGGAAAGAGCACUGACUCUGAAAGAAUCUUUAAGACAAAACUACACCCAACCUCCACCUCCAGGUGAUGAACUGCUUGAAAUAAAUUCGAAAUGGUUGAUAAAUGGAAUGCAAAAUUCUACCAUAAAAGUCAAGGUUAUGUCAAUGCUGUUGAUCAACUGUGGGCUACCAAACAGCAGCAAAACCACAGCAUUAAAGAAGCUCUUGCAAGCAGCUUCAAGUUUGAAGGAAGAAGAUGGUAUUGGGUUUUGCCAUAUGCUCGCUGCUCGAAAUGAGCUUGAUAAUAAGAUUGUGUUCACACAACAACAACAAGGCUGGGGAUAUCCAUAUGCAAUUUAUGCCGGAGUGGAGCGCAUGGCUCGAUUAUCAGGCAAAAGAAUCAGAGUCUCUUUAGAUGAUUUCUCUGGAUUCUCUAAAGAAGAUCUAAAUGAGCAUUUAAUGGAAGUUAUGAUGGACCUUCUUGAGGAUGAUCUCAGGAAGCAACGUGACAAGUUCACUGGGUCUGAAUGGGAUCAAAGUCACACAUGUGGGCUAGCUCUCAUUAAUGUUUGGGAUCUUGGUCUUAACAAGAUACCAACUUAUAUUCUUUCACAUCUUGCUGGUCAUCUCUACAAUAGUCAUGUUUGGAUGUUUCUCAACUUGCUUCGUGAUGUCGAUCAUCUUUAUGAAGUUCCUGAUAUUCCAGAGAAUCGAUAUAACCCAUCACGUAAUGAUAAGGAGCUGAUAAUGAGGUGGAGAUCACGUAUUCGUUAUUUUAUUCGUUUUGCUAAACUUGCUUCAAUGAAAGGUGGAUAUCAUAAAAGAGUUUGUGACGUAAUUGCUUCCUACGAUGGAUCAACAGAUCUUGAAGAAAAAAUGAAGAAAUUAAAAGUUGCUAUUAGUAAUGUUUCUAAGCAGUUGCAGCUUCAAGAUCUUAUUGAUAUGGAAAACUUUGAAGUUUUUCACAAUGAAGAGAUUGGCCCUUUGUAUCACCUUCUAGAAAAGAGAAUAAAAGAUGGCCUGGAAUAUCAUGCUGAAGAGGUUCCACUUUCCUUCAUGUUUCUUCGAAGUUUUUUUAUAAGAAAGAUCAGCUUUACAUUAUGAAAGAGGAAUUACAGGCAUUAUCAAAAGAGCUCAAUAUG